AUGGCCACCGACGGCAAGAAAAUCGUCCUCAUCACUGGCGCCAACACAGGCAUCGGGUACGAGACAGUCAAGGCGCUCCUCCAGUCCACCCAGCCAUACCACAUCAUCCUCGGCAGCCGCUCAGUCGAGAAGGGCAACAGUGCAAAGGCCGAGCUGCAAAAGGAAUUCCCCAAUACCCCCACUAGCAUUGAGGUGCUCCAAGUCGACAUCAGCAGCGACAAGUCCAUCGGUGACGCAUUCGAGAAGGUCAAGGCCAACCACGGCCAUAUCGAUGCCCUCGUCAACAACGCAGGCCACUCCGUGCAGCCCGUGCCGGGAAAGCGCACCCUGCGCGAGGCGUGGAACGAGGACUACGACGUCAACGUCUCGGGCACGCAGGUCAUGACCCACGUCUUCGCCCCGCUCCUGAUCAGGGCCCCCGGCGCGCGCCUUCUUUUCGUUACCAGCGGCCUCGCCAGCCUGCAGAGGCUGCACGGGUCGUGGUACGCGGGCGGGCCCGAGCCCUCCGAGCCCGGCUGGCCCAAGGCGUCCGAGAACCCCCUGAGCGCCUACCGCUCGAGCAAGACGGCGCUCAACAUGAUGAUGCUGAACUGGCACUACCUCCUGAAGCCAGACGGGGUCAAGGUCUUCAGCAUAUCCCCCGGCAUGCUGGCUACGAACCUCGGCGGCAUUGGCCCGGAGCGUCUCAAGGCGAUGGGUGCUGGCCAUCCGUCGAUCGGCGGCAAUAUCAUCAAGGAUGUGAUUGAGGGUAAGAGGGACGCCGAAGCAGGUCAGGUUGUCGCUGGCCAGGGGGUCCAGCCAUUCUAG